AGCACUCCAUUACCAUCGAGAUUUUGGUUUUACAGUGGCCUCUGGAGUUGUUUUCAACCAAAAAAGAAAAAAAAAAUCGAAUUUUUAGAUAGGAAGAGCCUUACAGUCAUCAGCCAUGGCUGCUGCUUCUUCUUCUUCAGUUAUUCUGUCUCGUCUCUCUACAGCUACCGUUUUGGACAAAAGGGAGUACUUGGGUUCUUCCAUUGGCCUCCGCAAAUCUUCCUUUUUUCCGGACCCGAAGCUCGUAUUUGCAAGUCCAAGAAAACCCAAGACAAAUUCUGUUAGGAGAUGUUGCUACAGGGCUCCCGUGGCCAAGUCCUUGGACCAUAUACCCAAACAGUUCAGGGAAGAAAAUCUCAAAGAUGGAUUAAUGGAUAACUACAAAAACACGCCUCAGUAUCUUUACGGCCUUACUCCCUCGCAGAUGGACAUGUUCAUGACAGAAGAUAAUCCAGUACGUCGACAGGCAGAAAGGGUAACACAGGAGAGCAUUUCUUCGGCCUGCAAUUAUCUGAAUAAUGGUGGGAUGUGGAGUAUGUCAGGCAUGGAUGAGAGAGGUCCCUCAAAGUAUAGCAUGAGUGUAAGUAUGUAUCGAGGAGGAGCUAGAGGAUAUGGGAGGCCAAGAACUGCCCCUCCUGAUUUGCCAUCUUUGCUCUUGGACGCUCGAAUUGUCUAUUUGGGCAUGCCGAUUGUCCCUGCUGUAACUGAGCUUCUUGUUGCUCAAUUUAUGUGGUUGGAUUAUGACAAUCCAUCUAAACCUAUAUAUCUGUACAUAAACUCGUCUGGCACGCAGAAUGAGAAGAUGGAGACGGUUGGUUCUGAAACUGAGGCUUAUGCAAUUGCGGAUACCAUGGCUUACUGCAAAUCAGAUGUGUAUACUGUGAACUGUGGAAUGGCAUAUGGUCAAGCAGCAAUGCUUUUAGCACUUGGAACAAAGGGCUAUCGCGCUGUACAGCCAAAUUGCUCCACAAAAUUGUAUCUUCCUAAAGUGAGCAGAUCAAGUGGAGCUGUCAUAGAUAUGUGGAUUAAGGCCAAAGAACUGGAUGCAAAUACAGAGUACUACAUAGAGCUCUUAACAAAAGGAAUAGGAAAACCGAAGGAAGAAAUUGAGAAAGAUGUCCAGCGUCCUAAAUACUUCCAAGCUCAAGAGGCAAUUGACUAUGGCAUUGCAGAUAAGAUCAUUGACUCGAGGGAUGCUGCAUUUGACAAACGGAACUAUGAGGAAAUGCUUGCCCAAUCAAAAGCUAUGAGAAGAACAGCAGGAGCCGGGCCACAAGCUGCUCACUCUGGGCUUAGGUGACCUGAAGAUCACCGUGGUCCCGAGUUUUUGCACGACGAAAAUAUGAUUAUGUAGUUCGGAUUGCAUAUAGUGCAUGAUGGAUUUAUUAAAUCUGUGAUAGAACUACAGCAGCUUCGAGAAUGGAACGCCACCCAAUCCCCUCCAUGGUCGUGCCUUUGUACAAACUUUGUACUAUAUAAGGUGUUCUAAAGAAGAAUAGCUCCCCUUAGAAUGGCAAUAACACGUGUACUUUUGUCAUUUAUCAAGCUUGGACAUUUUGUUUGGUUAAACGUUCAAAUUCAGUUGUCAAGUGCUUUAAAUGUUUGUAAAUGCAACGACUCAAAAACAUGUUUUAUUUGGCAGCCUUAUGCACCCUUGGCGUAUUUUCUUCA